AUGCCGGAAGACCAAUACGCCUUCGGCCAUUGCGGCAGGGCUCCAGUAGCCUCGGGUCACUUGCCAUCGGAGGUUCCUCGAGGUUCCUCCCUUUCAUCCAGUCCAUAUCAGCCAGUGAAAGUGGACCCUGAAGCUCAGGAUGCGACAGGUGAACAACCUGCGCGUCAUAUUCCUCCGUCCAGUCCUCAGUGGCCAGAGAAGGUUGAGUUUGAGGUCGAAGAAGCGACGAAUCAAACUGCUGGUAUCUCAGUUCCAGCCGGUCAUGUCGAGGAUGCGACAGAAGCGACUCUCGACGCGUACAUUCCAGCCGGCGUUUUGAGUAAAUCCUCAUUUACCACCGUUUACCCGGCAUCAGAGGUAGCACUGCUGGAGCAGAAUCAAUGGAUUCGCGCGCAAUCUGUUGAUAACAGUGACAAUGUACAGAUCUUUGUACUUCCAGACGCAGAGCGCUUGUCCGGCCCGCGCUCAGAUAGGAAAUCAAAAGCUACAUCGGCUCUCAAACUCGUUAUGUCGAAGAUCGACAGCUCCCCGGAGGCAUGGAUUAGUCUGAAAAAUGCCCACGGUGAUCAACCCCUCAGUAUCCCAAUCAAUGGUGAAGAGGAUGAAUCUUUAUGGUACAUAUUCAAUACACUGCGGGAUCCCGAUCCCAGCCUGCAUGACAUCAAAGACAUUCACACUCAAGAAGCUAUGGAAGAUUUGCUGGAGGGUUCGGUGCUAGGUCUUGAAACGUCGCUUCAUCGGUAUCAGCGGAGAUCUGCUGCGGUGAUGGUUCAACGCGAGGCACAGCCGGCACUGGUGCUUGAUCCGAGAUUACAGGCGUGGAAGGGCCCGACUGGAUUGGAGUUUUAUUAUGAUAAAGUAGAGGGGAGCAUUUUGAGGGAGAAGAUAAUGUAUCCCGAGGCUUGUGGAGGGAUUCUGGCAGAGUCCAUGGGUUGCGGUAAGACUCUUAUCAGUCUUGCAGUCAUAUUGGCUACACGGGGACAUCUCCCCAAAACUCCAGUGGAGUAUCAAACAUUGACCAAUCGUGUCCGAAACAAAACUGGAACAUUAAUGGACAUGGCUGCUACUACUGCCGGUCGCUUUUCACUGCCCUGGAAGCAAUUCUUUCAGAGACAGGAGAGCGAAGGGAAGUUUUACAACAAUUGCGUCAAGGCCUGCGAGGCUGACAGGACUUCCUACUACAUACCGCCUCUAGCCAAACACCAAAGCCGACAUAGCUCGCCCUACGUACGGCCAGCCAAGCAAAUCCGGCUUUGCUCGGGCACAAUGGUUAUUGUACCACUCAACUUGGUCGACCACUGGGAAAGUGAGAUCGCCACUCACACUCGUGGACUGGAGGUUCUAGUUCUGCGGGAACCGUCGGACAAAACGCCAUCAAUGGAUGAGUUGUUGAAAUAUGACAUUGUUCUGUUCUCUAAAAAUCGAUUCGGGCAAGAGUCCCAUAGCCGGAACAAAAAUAAACCUAACUCGCCUAUAUUUGACCUUCACUGGCUGAGAGUCAUUGUCGACGAAGGACAUAACGUUGCCGGACGUGGAACAGUCUUAGUUAGCCUGCUGCAAGAGCUGUACGUGGAGCGCCGCUGGAUCAUUUCGGGAACACCUGCCCGUAGAAUGUACGGGGUGGAACUUAACCGUGCUUCACAACAAACGAACACAAGCGAUACUGAAUCCUCAUCCAGUGCACUCACCGCUGAUGUCUUGGAAAGAGGCAAAAAGACAGGCAAUGCCAUCGAAGAAGAAAUCAAUGAUGUGAAUGGCUUGGGUCACAUGGUGGCUGGUUUUUUCGACCUUAAGCCUUGGUCGAACAAGCGUGACGACUGGGCAAAGUACACAAGACUGAAGGAUGAAGAUGGGGUGCGUCGAAAAGCUUCAUCUCUACGUGCGACCCUCCAAAGCCUUAUUGUGCGACAUCGGCUUGAUGUGGUCCGUGAGGAGAUCACUCUUCCGCCGAUGUUUAACAAGGUGGUAUACCUCAAGCCGACUUUCUACGACCGACUGUCUAUCAACAUAUUCCUCUUUUCACUGGCAGUCAAUGCCAUUACAUCCGAACGCACGGGUCCCGACUAUAUGUUUGAUCCGAAAAACAAGAAAGAUCUCAAUGUGCUGAUUGGAAACCUACGCCAGGCUGGAUUCUGGUGGGUUGGUUCUGGUGAUGAUGUCCAAAUUACAGUCAACAUUGCUCGGGAAUAUCUGGACAAAAACCAAGAGAAGAUGCCAGUAGCGGAUCUCGAGCAAUUAAGCCAUGGAAUCCAGAUCGCACAGAAGGCACUGGGAUGUUCUGCUUGGAAUGAGUUCAACAAUUUGCGAGAGCUUGGAGUCUUCGUUCGGGGAUUUCCAGCGCAUGCUCGCAGCCUAUGGGCUCUUAAUCCCACAGACACUGGCCACGAGCCUUUGCUCAUGGGCAUCAGCCAGGCCUCUAAAGCACAGGAAUUCGUGAAGAAUCAUCUCCGCUCGUAUGACCCGGCUGAAGGUCUUGCAGGAUACGGCAUCAAAAUCCGCCGUGAACUAGCCAACCCCGAUCACAAACUUGCUCACAGCGGUGCACCCGAGUCAGCUAAUCCCCAAGCACAGCCCGUUACCCCAAAUACCAAGUCCAAAAAGAAAAAACCUGCUAAGCACACGUUCAACAAGAAAAUCAUCCGCACCCUUCCAGAUGAUUCGCCCUUAAAACAAACACUGCUGGAGGGCGUGGCAUCAGCCAAGCUUCGAUACUUAUUAGAAAAAGUGCUAGAAUUCCAGAAAACAGAAAAAAUCAUCAUCUUCUACGAAGACGACAAUACAGCCAUCUGGGUCGCCGAGGGCCUAGAAUUAAUAGCCGCCAACUUCCGUAUCUACGCCAAUAGUCAAAGUCUGAAUUCCAAGCUCCGAGACGAAUAUCUCAACUUAUUCCGCGAGUCUGAAGACAUCCGCGUGUUACUCAUGGAUCUGAAACAAGCCUCGCACGGCCUUCACAUCGCCCAAGCCUCACGAGUCUUCAUCAUAAACCCAAUCUGGGAACCGAAUAUCGAGAGUCAAGCCAUCGGCCGAGCCCAUAGGAUCGGGCAGACAAGACCAGUUCACGUUGAAACACUCGUUCUGGAAGGAACUAUUGAAAAAGCAAUGCUCCACCGACGCAAGGCAAUGUCCGAGGCAGAGAUCCAGCAGACGAAGAGUAUGACGGAUGAUUCGACCAUGAGUGAUAUUAUCCGAAACGCGCCCUUUCUGCCAAUGUUUGAUGAGGCCUCGACGGCGAUGGCAUCGCUGGCUCGGCCGAUUGGAUUCUUUGAUCGGCAUUCAUUGCCGAUUCCUGAUAGCGAGGCAGUAUCAUCAAUUCCAGAAAAAAGGGAUUCUGUCCGCAACGCGUUUAAGGAGAUUUUGAAGCGGAGACAGCUUCCGGUUUCGUCGGAUGCGGAUUCGGAUUCGGAUUCGGCUGCAGUUGAGGAAUGGCCACGAGUGAAGCGAUCGAGACUUGGUUUCGCGGAGAAUGUCCAGGUUAUGAGUGAUGGCCCUGUGGACAUGGCUGCUGGGUCGUUACGCUCUCCCGAGUCGGAUCUGGCUUCUAGUGCUGGAAUACCUGUCUCUCAGCAGCUGGGACUUAGCAGUGUAGAUCGUGCCCAGCCCGUGUGUCGUAGUAUUCCACCUCUUGAAUCAGUGGAAUCUGCACCCACUUUGCCUUCUACGUCUAACGGUGAAGACAAUGACGGCGAUGAAAAAUGGGUCUCGAUAUUCGGGCCAUGA